UCAUAGAAUCACAGGAUGGUUUUAUGGGAGGGGAUCUUAAAGACCAUCAAGUCCAAAGGUGCUCGUGCUGUGGCUGUGCCAUACCCUGUCUCAUUUAGUCUUUCUCUUCUCUCUCCAGUCUUCCCCUGGUUUGGCUUGGACAUCGGAGGAACCUUGGUCAAACUGGUUUAUUUUGAACCCAAGGACAUCACGGCCGAAGAGGAAGAGGAAGAAGUGGAAAACCUGAAAAGCAUCCGCAAAUACCUGACAUCAAACGUAGCCUAUGGCUCCACAGGCAUUCGGGAUGUGCACCUUGAGCUCAGGGACCUUACCCUGUGUGGACGUAAAGGCAAUCUGCACUUUAUACGCUUUCCUACCCAUGACAUGCCUGCUUUUAUCCAAAUGGGAAGCGAAAAGCACUUCUCGAGCCUCCACACCACCUUAUGUGCCACGGGAGGUGGAGCGUACAAAUUUGAGCAGGACUUUCUCACAAUGGGUGACCUUGAGCUUUGUAAGCUGGACGAGCUGGACUGCCUUGUGAAAGGAGUGCUGUACAUCGACUCUGUGGGCUUCAAUGGACACUCAGAGUGUUACUAUUUUGAGAACCCCACGGAUGCUGAGAGGUGCCAGAAGCUCCCAUUCAACCUGGAGAAUCCCUACCCUCUCCUCCUGGUGAACAUUGGCUCAGGGGUCAGCAUUUUGGCUGUCUAUUCCAAAGACAACUACAAACGGGUAACAGGCACCAGCCUUGGAGGGGGAACCUUCUUUGGCCUCUGCUGCCUUCUGACGGGCUGCUCCACGUUUGAGGAGGCCCUGGAGAUGGCAUCCCACGGGGACAGCACCAAGGUGGACAAACUGGUGAGGGACAUCUACGGAGGAGACUACGAGCGCUUCGGGCUGCCAGGCUGGGCUGUGGCAUCCAGCUUUGGAAACAUGAUGAGCAAGGAGAAGAGGGAAUCUGUCAGCAAGGAGGACCUGGCCAAGGCCACUUUAAUCACCAUCACCAACAACAUCGGCUCCAUAGCACGGAUGUGUGCCCUUAAUGAGAACAUCAACCGUGUGGUGUUCGUGGGCAACUUCCUUCGGAUCAACACCAUCUCCAUGAGGCUCCUGGCCUAUGCCCUGGACUACUGGUCUAAGGGACAGUUAAAAGCACUUUUCUUGGAACAUGAGGGUUACUUCGGCGCUGUCGGUGCUCUCCUGGGACUCCUGGACUCAGCCUGACUCCUUGCAGGAUCUGUGUUGGACCUGUGGAUUCAGGGCACUCCCUGGGCCACUGAGCCCGUGCUUUGGGGGUCACUGAGCCCAUGUUUUGUGUCACAGCCCCCACUGAGACUGUUGCACUGUGGUGGCCUGAGGGGACAGCGUGGGGAUGGGUGUCUGGAGGAGUUUAAAUCCAUCCGGGAUUACAGCACAGGUUUGUUCCAAAGGAUGUGAUUGGAAUACACUGGCUGGACGUGGGGGUGUAUGGGAAGGUCUGGGGGGCAUUUCAGUCACAUGGAAUUGCCCUUUUUAGGGGAAUUUUUGUAAUUUUACUCCAUGUUUAAUGACGGUGACAAAGCAGAGCAGGGACGCUCUGCUCCUUCCAUUGGGAUUCCUUGGAGUGCCAAGUGCCCAGGUCAGUUCUGUGUUCACAAUCAGAGGUUCUCCACGUGCUGGAAAAUGGUCUGUGAAGGGGGAAGAGCAUCAGCACAGCCCUGGUGUGUGUAACUAACUCCAUGUGGCCCACUGGAUCCACACUGGGACACAGCUGUGCUGCCAGCCAGGCUUCAUUUAUCCCAUGUCCUUGUCUCUGUCCCAGGGAUGGGACAGCAGAGCUCGGGUCUGUGCCUCAGGGUGAGUCCCACUGCAGCCUCCAGCCCUCCUCAGCACCCUCUGGGAUGGUGUCAGGGGUGUCAGUCAGCCUCCAGCCCUGAGAUCUAAAUUUGAGGCUGGAAUAGGGAUAUUCCUUGUAUGUUUGUUUGUCUGGGGUUUUCUCUCUGUUACCAAACUCCACCAAAGAGACACUUCCUUCAGUCACACUUGGAUUUUUGUAAUACUCCAUGUGACAUUUUUCAUGGCUGCACUCCUGUCAUUUUGGGGCAGUUCUCCCCUUUCCAUGCAUGCUGUACUCCCUCUUUUCCCUGUGCAUGCUGCCACACAGCCUGUGAGCAGGAUUCUGCAGUGUGGAGCCCCUGUGGAAGUUGCACCCCGGGGAUGGGGGGUUGGAAUGGAUCCUGCACACUCAAUAAAUGCUCUCUAAAAGCAAUGAGGUAUCUGCACCUUCCCUCAGCAUGGGAGCUCAUGGAGACACAGCUUUGGAAGUGCUCUGGCUUCCCAGCAAGGAGCUCUGUGGAGCACAGGGAAAGCUGUUCAGAUCCUUCAGAUCAGGUCAUGGUGUCAGGGUUUGUCCCAGGAUAUCAGAAUGACCAUCACCCUGACCCCAACACACCCUUCCAGUCCUGGUUUCUUCCCAGAGAAACCCAUUUCCAAUUUUUUGGAAUUUUUUCCAAUUCCAGUUUUUCUCUGAUUCCCUUGUGAGCCUGGCUGGAAGUGCUGGACUGCCCCGAGCCCUUCCCUGCUGUGUGAAUCCCACCCAGCUCUGCCUGUUGCUGUAUCCCAAGAUCUGAGCACUCCAAGGUGGAUUCCUUGUGUGGACUUCCCUCUGAAAAGGGAGGAAACUACAGGUUCAGAGGAUGAUUGCUCUGCUGGGGAGAUCUGUGUUUGUCUCUAAACUCUAAAAUCACAGUAAAAUCAGGGAAAAGAGCACAGGGCUCAUGUGGGAGUUGCUCCAAGCCCCAUCCAGCCUGGCCUUGGGCACUUCCAGGGACCCAGGGGCAGCCACAGCUUCUCUGGGCACCCUGUUUGGGAUCAGCUGAGUUCAAGUUCUCAUUUAUUCUUCACUCCUUGUAAAAUCACACAAAGGUUCCCAAACUCUCCAUUAAAAACAUCUCCAUUUCCAGAGUGCUGACUGAAGGGUUUCUAGACUCACCACCCAAAAUUUAACACACGUGUACCUGGCUGGCCUUUCACCCACCCUCACGGCCAAAACUCGUGGAAAAAGCACAGAAACUUUGGCUUUUUGGAAUGUCUGUGUGCCUGGGACACGUGUGGCUCCUUGAUGUGACAGGUCAGGGAGGGAGGGUGUGGGAAUUCUUGAGAUCCACAGGAAAAAGCCUGGCUUUCAUUAAGCACAGCAGCCUUGGGAGCAGAGGCCACCUUGCCACGGUUCUGCUGUGGAGAGCUGGGAAAUCUCUGCAGGGCUGGGAAUUGCCAGCAGCAAUCCCAGAGCCUGAUCCACCCCAGUCCCUGGGCUCAGCAUCCUGCAGCUUUUCCCCUUCCUCACUCUGCACCUGAGCCUGUGUAACUCCUUUUUCUCUGGAUUUUGGAGUAGCUCCAGCACAGUCUGAUCCCAGCACCAAAGUUCCUGGCUUAUUGUCUAUUCCUUUUUUGUAAACUGCUUUAUUUUUUUUCUUCUUGUAUAAAAUAUUAGUUAUUUUUUAUAUGCUUCAAA